CAGGGAGGGAGACACCGGCUUACGACGUCAAAAGGAGUACAGACACACAGGGAAGAGGAGAGGACAGCCAGCCAGACUGCCAAUUCCCUACGGUCCGCUGAAUUAGGGAAGUCUAAAGACUCAUCUGUCACAAGACCCUCUCUUUAGCCACGCCAGUAGGAGAUUUGUUUUAUUUUUUUUAUUUUAUUUUUUUUUUCACCUCCCCCCACCCCCUUCCUCUCUAUUCAAGAAAAGAGAAAUCCAGGGCAUCUGUGUGGAAAACAGUAGCGGAAAAAAACCGAGAUCUCGUAAAAUUCGCUCAUGCCGAAUAAAGGACCUCGGCUGGAUGUUAGUUGUGUUGUUUUAGGGGGCGUGCGGGCCUAACUUGUUACAGGAUUCAGAGACGGACAGAUGAACUGAGAAAUAAUAAUAACCAAACAACAGGAAGGAAGGAAGACACAUCAAAUCAGAUCACUCCGAUUUUUUUAAAUACCACGACCAGCACCACAGACUUCUCAAUGAAGGAGCCUGACGCAAUCAAGCUCUUCAUCGGGCAGAUACCCCGAAACCUGGAGGAGAAGGACCUGAAGCCCAUCUUCGAACAGUUUGGGAAGAUCUACGAGUUAACGGUGAUAAAGGACAAGUACACGGGGAUGCACAAAGGAUGUGCCUUCCUCACGUACUGUGCACGAGAAUCAGCCCUCAAAGCCCAGAAUGCAUUGCACGAGCAGAAGACCCUACCAGGGGUAAGUGUGUCAUUGUCUUUUUCAGUCAGGGUAACUGUCGGGUCGGGCUAUCGGAACACACAAACACAGACGCGUGUGGACACAAGGAAUUUAAACCAAGUUUGACAUGUGGGCUUGACU